GUUAUUCGGAGGUGCCGGCAAAUACAAGGUGACAAGGCACCGAGGAACAAAGGGUGAUCAUAUUGUUCUGUUGGUGAACGACAAUGGUGAAGAGCAGAAUGAUGUCAGUGGGGAAUCAUGAGCACUGUGACAAAUGUUUCAGCGUCCACUGUCGGGUCCCGGUACAGAUAUCCCUCUCGUGCAUGGUCGUCAAGUGUCGUAAUAAUUGCGGCGUCACCCUCCACGUGUGCAAGCAAGAGGAGCAUGCGCUCCUCUGUGCGAAUGAGAUGGUCCCCUGCCUCAAUGCCCACUACGGCUGCCCGCUCACCAUGCUGCGCCACAGGCUGGCUAAGCACCUGGACGUCUGCCCUGCCAGCGUGGUAUGCUGCUCUCAGGAGUGGACCCGCUGGCCUGUUGCUGAGACCGACCUGACCUUCUACAGGAAUCUUUCAGAAGACCGCCAAACUGAGCUGCACCUGGACGCCGCCAUGGCUCGAAGAGACCAAGAGCUGCUGUUUCGAUCUAUAAAAAUGAAGAGUAUUUUUCCUGAGCUUAUGAUGGACGACCCUGCCCUCCAGGAUACUAUUUCUGCGGUUAACCUUCCCGCAGAGGGAGCUGCCUGUUCUUCACAUUGCGGGGAAUAUACAGAAAAUAGCCGCACGAGGAUGGAGGCAAGCGAACUCGGUGAAGAGGAGAGGGCUCUGACGAAGAGCAUCGACGUAGAGAGUAUUCAGAACUACCGCUCGUGGGAGAAAAUAUUUACUAAGGAGAUGGGCGGAUGCAAAGAAACUGUCCAAAACCCGAAUAAGAAGGAAGAAAACGGAAAAGAAAAUGAGGAGCAAGAAUCGUCAAACUGUCAGAGGGAGACAAGAGACUCACACCUGAACCAAGGGACGGCUGGUGCUGCUUCGGGCACGGAUGGUGCUACUGGCCUUGCGCCAUGGCAAGAUGGGGUCCUCGAGAGGUUAGGCAAAGAAGUCAACAUCACAGAAUAUAACAUGUAUCUGGUGCACAACGGGGCAAUGCUGAUUAACUUUGACCAACUAGCGGCCUGCACCCCGAGAGAAAGGGACUUUGUGUAUGGCAAUCUGGAGCCCACCGAGGUCAAAACCGUCCGUUCAUUCAACGUUCCCACCAGCUAUCGAGCAAAGCGCGCUCACAUGAAGGACCCGGCACGCAGGGCCAAGGCCGUACACAAGAGCGUCGACACCGCCGAUUUGGGCGUGUCAGUCGAGGACCUUCCGAGCUGCGACGAGGUCAGCGCCACGCUCCUGUGCUCCCUGGAGAGGGAACUGAAGGGACAUCUAAUCUCCGAGAGCGCAGGGAUAGACGGCCUCUACGUCGAUGUCGGAACUCAAACGUACAGCUUUCGCUCGGCUCCGUUCCAAACGGACGCGACCCUUGCUGAUGUCAUGGCAGACAGACCCCACGGCCUUUAUGUGCACGUUGAGGCCGAGUCUGUCACCAGGAGACACAACAAGACCAAUUCGGCCUUCAGCCACAUGUGCGGCCACUUCUUUCGCCGCAACGAAUACCGCUCUCAUUUCAGGAAUGUGCACUCUGACAUUCAGGCCUCUCUGAGCGGCUGGUUGCAACAACGCUGCCCCUUGGCAUACCUCGGCUGUACUUUCACCCAGACAAGGUUGCAGCCCGCAGGUCACCAGGCUACAAUUAAGUUCUGCCAAGAUGUCAGCACCCUUGUCCUCCGGCCGCAAGUCCCCUCAUCCCUCCGCGGUGGCGGGGGAACCUUGAGACCUCAGAGAAACGGUGCACGUAGUCUGGACCCACUGAGCAGGCUGCCCCUGGAGAUUCUGCAGCACAUUGCCGGUUACCUUGACAGUUCUACAUUAUCUCAGAUGUCCCAGGUCUCCCGUCUGAUGAGAGAGCUGUGUGCCACAUUGUUGCCGGAGAGAGGGAUGGUCUCCCUCAAGUGGGAGAAGGAGACAUAUUCCCACGGGGGAAGCUCCUGGAGAUGUCGAAAGAAAGUUUGGGAGUUCAGCUCUGUGUUCUCCUCUGUGGACAGAUGGAGCUUCAGCAGCACCCCUUCCAUGUCAGAUCACCUGAAGACAUGCUCCUUCUACCAGAGGGAGGCGCGCACUGAGCCGGUGGUUCUGGCCUGCCUGGGAGAGGUCAGAGGGCAAAAACACGGAGACGUAAGGCAAAAGAGAUAAUGUUGGCGGGCGGGCCGCAACACGAGAAAUGCCGAGUGAAGGAAUCGCUCAGACGCGAUACUGUAUGUAUUCGCCCACGUAACAUCAAAGUGGAUAAAGCCUCCACAUGCACGGCUACCGUAAAGGAACUGAGAAGUCGGUGUGCUGAAGCCCUGCGACCUCCUUCUGUAUGUGUGAAGAAUUGGUUGUAGCAUGAAUUGGAAUUUUGUGAAGACAUUUGAAGUGAUUUACACAUCCUUAUUCUUUGUAACAUCUCCAGAAAUUAUGUAUUUUCUGUAACGAGUAAAAUGCUUCAAGGCACAUUUAUUCAUGUUUUUUUUAAGGGUUCUAUUAUUAUUAUUAUGGAUUAAACUUAAAUAAUCCCUUUGAGGGCACCAAAUUUGAUAUUGACAGACAGUACUUGUACUAUGUGAUAUGGAUUUAUCCUUGUGUUGAAAAUAUAUAUACCCUGUGCUAUUGCUCUUGGCUCUUUUUCAACAUGACAAGACUGACAUCUGCUGGAUGAAAGCUGAAGUGCCUCAUCGAUGUGAAACGGUGUCACACAUCACACACACCAUAGAACAAGUUUGACGUUUGAAUGCCGAACAUGACGUCACUCGUCCUACUUGUCAUACUCGAUUAAAUGUGAUGAGACACGUUUGGACUGUCUCUGUCAAAGGAAAAUGUUUGAUCUUUGAUCUGUGUGUGUGUGUCAUUGGUUAUAAAGUGUAGAGUAAAUCUGA